AUGGCCAUCCAAUUCCUGAAGCGGACUCGCUCACGCCCUGCCCUCCCUUACGACCUCCUCCACAUCAUCCUCACCGAGCUUAAGCGCACCGACUCGCUCGGCUCUCUGGCCCUGCUGCAGCGCUGCAACUCGGACUAUUACGACAUUGUCACUCCCAUCCUCUACACCCACGUCAGGAUUCACACCGAUGACCAGCUCCAGCGCUUCCUCACUCUUCCUAUUGAACCCAGAGCUCGCAAGAGGAGCAAGGGUCUCAGCUUGCUGAGCUCCAAGGGAUCAAAGUCUCCUAAAUCCGGCUUGCGCUCCAGGUCGGGCAGUCUUAUCGCAUAUGAGAAGAAGCUCCGUGCUUUCCAAAAAGUCAAGACAAUUACCCUAGAUAUUUAUCCCUCUAGGACGAGCAUGAAGAUCGCCGGCAAAUUGCCCUUCCCCCUCUUUGCCGAGACGCUCACAUUCACUCCCUCGGCGCUCCUUUCCCUGCACAGCAAGCUCUUACGUUCGGGGGCUCCCCGUAUCCUGGCCACCUUUUGGGCGGGACAUCUCUCUUCCAUUGUUCAGCCCCAGAGGGUGGUAGUCGACUACUCCACUAUUGAUAUCCGCUCACACCUGGCAGGCGAGAAGAAGGCGAGCUGGUGGGACACCAUCGCCGGCCUGAGCUCUGCUUUGCAGCAGUGGGAAAGGCUGGACCAAGUCACUCUCGUAGGCGAGUACUGGGCUCUUCUUGUACCCAGCCCUGGGGUGGAGAUGAAGGUGAUUCACACCGUCUUUGAGCCGAAAGAAGACGCCGAGGAGGAUGAAGGCGCUUUGACCGAAGGCGAGGAUAGCGAUGGCAACCCCGAAGUGCCCCUUCAGCAGACAAUCCCCGGCGGCCCUGCGCCUCCUCCCCACAUGGUCAACCUCCCUCUCAAUGCCAUGCCUGUCCCUAUCCCUGCUCCGGCUGCCAACGCUGAUGAGGACGGCCAGCCCCCGCUUUCCUUCCGCGCCAAGCUCCUCAUGGAUAGACGAGAUGCCCUCUUGCUCGGUUUGCGUACCAGCUACCAGAUCGUACAGCACGCACAGUACCAAGCCCGUACACAACCUCAUCACCUCACGUCCUAUGUUCCCGAGCACUUUAUCCAUAAAGGCUCGAGGAAUGUCCGGGAGGUGCGAUGGGUGGUGGAAGGCUUCUUCCCACCUGUAGGCGAGGAAGACGAAAAUGACGAGGGGGACGAAGAGACCGAGGUCGUAGAGAAGAGUGAGAGAGAGAGACGGGAGGUGGUCAAGUGGCUGGUGACUGAGCUCGACCAACAGUGUCCCCAAUUGGUCCACGAGUGUGGCAGGAUGGUCGAUGAGAGAGUAGAGCUGUCGUGUAUCAGCUGGGCUUGA